AUGCAUGUGCAGUUAAGGGUCAGGUCCCCCAGGGUGCCACAGGGUCAGGUCCCCCAGGGUGCCACAGGGUCAGGUCCCCAGGGUGCCACAGGGUCAGAUCCCUAUAGGGUGCCACAGGGUCAGGUCCCCCAGGGUGCCACAGGGUCAGAUCCCAGGGUGCCACAGGGAUCCCCAGCCACAAGGGUCCAGGUCCCCAGGGUGCCACAGGGUCAGAUCUGGGGUGCCACAGGUCAGUCCCCCAGGUGCCAGGGUGAGUCAGAUUCCCCCAAGUGCCACAGGGUCAGGUCCCCAGAGAUUGCCACCAUUCUGGGGUGCCACAGGGGUCAGGUCCCCAGGGUGCCACAGGGUCAGAUCUCCAGGGUGCCACAGGGUCAGGUCCCCCAGGGUGCCACAGGUCAGGUUCCCCAGGGUGCCACAGGGUGCCACCCAGGUCCCCCAGGUGCCACAGGGUCAGAUCCCCCAGGGUGCCACAGGGUCAGGUCCCCAGGGUGCCAGGGUGCCACAGGGUCCCCCAGGGUGCCACAGUCCAGGGUGCCACAGGGUCAGGUCCCCAGGGUGCCACAGGGUCAGGUCCCCCAGGGUGCCACACAGGGUCAGGUCCAGGUCCCCAGGGUGCCACAGGGUCCAGAUCCCCAGGGUGCCACAGGGUCAGGUCCCCAGGGUGCCACAGAGUCAGAUUCCCCAGGGUGCCACAGGGUCAGGUCCCCAGGGUGCACACAGGUCAGAUCCAGGGUGCCACAGGGUCAGGUCCCCAGGGUGCCACAGGGUCAGAUCCUCCAGGGUGCCACAGGGUCAGGUCCCCAGGGUGCCACAGGGUCAGAUUCCCCCACAGGGUUCCCCCAGGGUGCCACAGGGUCAGGUCCCCCCAGGGUGCCACAGGUCCAGGUCCCCAGGGGUGUCGAUCCCCAGGGUGCCACAGGGGUCAGGUCCCCCAGGGUGCCACAGGGUCAGGUCCCCAGGGUGCCACAGGUCAGGUCCCCAGGGUGCCACAGGGUCAGGUCUCCCAGGGUGCCACAGGGUCAGGUCCCCCAGGGUGCCACAAGGUCAGGUCCCCCAGGGUGA